AUGGCAGAAAUUACUUCCUCCAUUCCCUUCGCAGAUCCAAGUUGGCACCAAGACAAAACAAACCCGUACUAUAAAGACAGCCAUCGAGCGUUACAGAAAUUCAUCCGCAAUUAUGUUGACACCCAAAUAGCACCGAACGUCGCGCAGUGGGAACAGCAGGGGUUCGUUCCUGAGGAAAACUUCAAGAAACAUGCCUCACUUGGAUUCCUUGCCGCAGCUGUGUUUCCGCUGCCGAUUGACCAAUUGGCUGGAAUAAAGCUCCCUGCUGGUAUCAAUGCAAGUGGAACUGACGUUGAAACAGAAUGGGACGAAUUCCAUGAUUCCAUACUCAUCGAUGAAAUGGCGAGAUGCGGAUAUCUGGGAACUGUUUGGGGAAUAAAUGGAGGAGCUACAGUCGGCGGUGCCCCUCUCUCGGUGUACGGAAAUCAACUACAAAAGCAAAAGUACCUCGCACCUUUGCUCCGAGGAACACAAAGGCAUUGCUUGAUGAUUACGGAGCCUGAUAUUGGUUCUGAUGUUGGUGGAAUGACUACGACAGCAGAUAAGUCAAAAGACGGAAAGCACUAUGUUCUCAAUGGCCAGAAGAAAUGGGUCACGCAAGGUCAAUGGGCAACUCAUGCAUUAUGUGCUGCUAGAACGGGUGGUCCAGGACCCAAAGGAGUAUCUGUGUUCAUUGUGGAUCUAUCAACAAAGGGUAUAGCCAGAACUAAGAUGGAGAAUUCGGGUGUAAAGUCCAGUGGCUCAACAUUCGUAGAUCUAGAUGAAGUUUUGGUCCCAGUGGAGAAUCUGCUAGGUGUGGAAAACAAAGGAUUCGAGAUCAUUAUGUCCACCUCAGCUUUCACUCAUGAGCGGUUGUGGGUGGGAAUCACAGCACUCCGACUUUGCCGAGUUGCUCUGGAGGAUAGUUACAAGCAUGCCUUGAAGCGCGAGACGUUUGGGAAACCACUUUUUGAGAACCAAGUAAUUCGCCAAAAGUUCUCCAAGAUGGCCGGACUCAUCGAACCCACCCAGUUCUUUAUGGAAAGUUUGGUCCACCGUUCAGUUAGAACUUCGCCAUUGGAAUUUUCCCCCCUCGCAGCGCUUUUGAAAGUUCAGGCUGCUCAUAAUCUUGAGAAGAUAUCAAGGGAGACACAACAGGUAUUUGGCGGGCUGGGUUAUUCGAGGACAGGCGCAGGUGCGAGAGUUGAGCAGAUUAGUCGGGAUGUGAGGGUUUUGGUUGUGAGCGGUGGAAGUGAGGAGAUACUGCAAGACAUGAUUACGAAGUCGCUGAAGAAGUUGGCGAAACUGUGA